GUUGAGUCACAAGGUUAUCAAUUAUCGUUAAAUAACGUAAUAGUAAUAACGUUACAAAGGAGAAAACAAAUAUAAAAAUUAGUGUGCCUGAGUUAUACCGAUUUUAUAUUUAAGAGUUUGUGUGGAACUCGUUACCUUGAGUUUAGUAUUCCGCGCGCUGUGUAUCUAAUUCUAAGGGUUGGUUGUUCGCGUCCCGUUAAUACAAAAAAUAAUAAAUCGGACUUCACAUUUUUGGGCGUGUUAUAAGAGUGACGAUCAAAUCACGGUAUUCGAUGAGAUAAGCCCAAGAGCUGUCCGUGGGUGUUGAUUACUAGUCAAGUACUGAAAUAGUUACAUGUUCUUUAGUCUAUCAGUUCAAAAGUAGGGACGGAUAUUGCAGAUAGUACUUAUUAAUACUUUGAGGUAAUAAUGGAAGAAAGAACAUUAUUAAAAGAACUGGAUGCAUGGAUAGAACAACUCAACGAGUGCAAUCAACUUUCAGAAAACCAUGUGAAAACACUGUGUGAAAAGGCAAAGGAGAUACUGGCUAAAGAAUCUAAUGUCCAGGAAGUGAAGUGUCCAGUUACUGUGUGUGGAGAUGUCCAUGGCCAGUUUCAUGACCUCAUGGAGCUUUUUCGUAUAGGUGGAAAAUCUCCUGAUACAAAUUAUCUUUUUAUGGGAGAUUAUGUUGACAGAGGUUACUAUUCUGUUGAAACAGUAACUCUUUUGGUAGCCUUGAAGGUAAGAUACAGGGAGAGGAUAACGAUAAUUCGAGGAAACCAUGAAAGCCGACAAAUUACACAAGUCUAUGGGUUUUACGAUGAAUGUCUAAGGAAAUAUGGCAAUGCUAAUGUGUGGAAGUACUUUACAGAUCUGUUUGACUAUUUACCUUUAACAGCUUUAGUAGAUAAUCAGAUUUUCUGUCUGCAUGGAGGAUUAUCCCCAUCAAUAGAUACCUUAGAUCACAUCAGGGCACUAGAUCGCUUGCAGGAAGUUCCUCAUGAGGGACCGAUGUGUGAUCUUUUGUGGUCAGAUCCAGAUGACCGUGGUGGGUGGGGAAUCUCUCCCCGAGGUGCUGGUUAUACCUUUGGCCAAGACAUUUCUGAAACAUUCAAUCAUACCAAUGGAUUAACAUUAGUAGCAAGAGCUCACCAGUUAGUUAUGGAGGGUUACAAUUGGUGUCAUGAUAGAAAUGUGGUGACUGUAUUCAGUGCUCCUAAUUACUGUUAUCGGUGUGGAAAUCAAGCUGCAAUUAUGGAACUCGAUGAUACACUCAAAUAUUCAUUCCUACAGUUUGAUCCUGCACCCCGUAGAGGAGAACCCCAUGUCACACGUCGAACACCAGAUUAUUUCCUCUGAUUUCUUUUAGUAUCUUGGCUAUAACCACUUCAACAUCAUCUUUAUAGCAUUAUGUUCUUGUUCCAGUGGGUAUUCUGAGUUUUAUGAUUUGACGAGGAAAUUUUAGAUAGAAAAAUAUAUUUGUUUCCUUAACUUUGUACACUUACUCAUGCUCUUAAAAUUUGACUUAGUAUGAUACAUAUAUAUUCUAGUAUGCUAUUUACCUGAUUAUUGUAGAAUAUUAAAUACAUUGGAGUAUUGUGGAACUCCAGUAUCAUACAAUAUUGUAAAACAUUUAAUGAAACAUUGAAUAUAUGUAGAAUAUCAAACCUUAGAAUGUUGUAGGUCAUACAAUAUAUUAAAUUGUAUUGUAGAAAAUUAACUACAUCAUACAAUAUUGUAGAAUGUUAAGAUUGUUGUUGAUUAUUAGUUUAGUUUUAUGCAGUAAAAUCAGAAUGUUGUAAAUGUGCUCAAAUUACUUGUUCACUUGAGACAAAAGGAUAGAUGAAACUUUUAACUUACAGCUAUUUGACUCAAAAUUGGUAAAGGACUACAAUAAAUAAAAUUAUUAAAAUAAUGCUCAUCAUAUACAAUAAAAAGGAUUUUAUGUUUGGUUCACCACUUUUUUGCCUCUUAAAUUGUUAUUUUUAAAAAUUCUGUUAAAAGCCAUUCAGACUAAGAAAAAUGUAUAUGAUUUUUAAAAUGGUCAAAAUAUAAUUUUUUAUCUGUUUCUAUAAAUAUCUGUACAGUAUAACCUUCAUAUUGUUGUUUAUACCUAUCCAUCUUAUUGUACAUAAAAAUCAUAUAAAUUAAUUAGACAUUCUUAAGGAUAUUUCAUGGUAAGGCUCUCCUAACAAGAUUGAAAUAAUAAAUCAACUUUACAACUAUAUUUAAGAUAUUGUUAUACUUAAAAAAAUUCCAAUUACUUUAUCACACACACACACAGUUAAACAGAAAAAUAUUCAAGGAAAGAAAAUAAACAAAAGAACAUUGUUAAAAUGUUCUAUUGUUUGAGAAUGUUAAAGAGUACUCUAAAAACUGGUCAUCUGUAUAGCUGAUGAAUAGUUUAUGACUUACCACUUGUUAACUGGUAUUUUGAAUGUAUAAUUUGCAUAAAAUGUAUUUUAUAUAAAAAAAGCCUAUUAAUCACUCCAAAAGGGUAUAAUCAUCAUAUGGAUAAUAAUAAUAAUAAUAAAAAAAGAGUUGAACUUAGGAUUUCAUUGUAAAACUUGGAAACUGUAAGGACUGGAAUGUUAUGUGCACAAAUUUGAAGUUUCAUAUUCUUUUUUCAAGCUUUGAACCAGAAAAAAAAAAAAGCUUUCAGUUAAUAACUAAGGUAUUUUAUAACAUUUUUACUGGUUUUGCUCUGUAAUUGUAGUUUAGAAAUAAACAUAAAUUUCAUUUCCCAAA